CCUUUACCGCCUUUUUCCUCGCCACGAUAUCAUCCCUGUUAUCCUCCUCGUCCCUCGUCCCCUUCACCAUGGGGGAUUCGGGCAGUGCAGCGAAUGGCAGCAAUGGCGCUGUGAUCCCGCCACCACCGCCAGCUCUGCGCUCCCUCGUCGACUUGUCAGAGGCAAUUGCCUCGCAGCCGGAGCGAUUUGCUACUGGGUCGGUGGAUGCGGGCAUACUUGAGCAGAGCGAGACGGCCUUAAAGGAUGUGUUUGCGCAUUCCCUGGAGAGUGAAGCCCUCUCACUCCCCUACAUCGGCCACCUGCUGCGCGAGACCGUAGGCGUCGAGUCUACCACGACGACUCGCUCUGGAGCUGGCAAGAAGCGCAAAAGACAAGCCCAGCGUCACUCUCCUUAUCACGACCUCUUUCCCCCGACACCACUCGAAGGAUUGGUGCUCAGCGACGUAGGAGAGGAAGCCGUCUGGCAGCAGCUCGAGUACCGCAAUCAGGCGAUCGAGAACGUGCUGGGCAAGAUUCUCGUCACGACGGGUGCUGUACCCGGGGAGGAUGAAGAAGAGGAGGAGGAGGAGGCGGAGCAAGACGUCGAGCCCUCGGACGAGGUCGACAAGAAGAAGCGUAAAAAGCAGCAGCGCGGCGCCGAUUCGGAUGCUCAGCGCGAGGAGAUCAUUCGCGACCUCACAUCACUCUCAGACGCAGACUUGCGAGCCAUAGGUCUUGACCCGGCGCUUCGCUCUCAAGCGCUCGCAGCCGCUCAAGCCGGCGCCAUCUCCAAUGGCGAAGAUGACGACGACGACGACUUUGCGCCCGACUCAGACGAAGAAGAAGAAGAGGGCAUGUACCCAGAGGGCUACCCUGGUGCAUCGGACAUUUCGUCUGACGAGGAGGACGGGCCUGGCUCGAGCAAGCGCGUAUACCACGAGCCGCUGAGGACGGAGAAGCAGCAGCGUAGGAAGAAGGAGGAGGAUGAGCGGCGAGAGAUGCAGAGGGUGCGCGCUAUGGGUGGGAUGCGCGGCAUAGACGGCGACGAAGAUGAUGAUGACGAGUAUGACGACGACGACGAGGACGAGGAUGAGUUGAUGGACAGCGAGGAGGACGAGGAGGACGACGACGACGACAAAAUCGACCCGUCAGUCCCGCCCGCCGCGCCCGCCACCAAGCGCUCCAUCCUCGACUCGCUGGACGACGACGCAGCAGCCGGCUCAUCCUCCUCAUCAUCCAAGAGCAAACGCCGCCAUCCAACGCUCGACGACGACUUCUUCUCCAUCGACGAGUUCAACCGCCAGACCGAAGAGCAAGAGCGUCGCGAGAUCUUCAAAGAGGCGAAUGGCGAUGGCGAGGACGACGACGAGGACGUCGACAUGUUCCAAGCCUUCAGCGAUGAAGAGGGCGAUGACGAGGAUGGGGAUGCUGGCAUGGGUGGCCUCGGGUCUGCAGCUGGCCUGCGCUACGCCGACUUCUUCCUGCCUCCACCGGGCGGGGGGGCUGGGCAACGAGGGUCGGCACAGAAGCGUGCAAAGGGCAAGGGGAAGGGAUCGCGCGUGGGACAGGGUGCAAAGCUGGCCAAACAAGAGCGUGAUGCGCGCGCGGAGGAAUCCGAGGAGCACGACGAUUCGCGCGAGCAGCAGGACGACUUCCCGGCUGACUUCGCUGCCGAUGACGCCGACGACAGCGACGCGUCCAGCAGCAGCAGCGAGGAGGAUGACGCGCCAGCGCGCCCGACCACUCGCGUCCGCUUUGCCCCUCAAGUUGCCAUCCGCAACAUCAAGGCUCGACCGAACAAGGGGCUUGAGGAUGGCGAGAUUACGCCAGAGCUCCUGCGCGCCUUGGCCGAGCAGCAGGGUGGCGGCAGCGACGACGACAUGAGCGACGAUGAAGCGGAGUCGGACGACGAGAGCGAUAUCAGCGAGAGCGACGAGGGUAGCGACGGGUCGAGCAGCGCCUCAGAGCAAGACGAGAUGGAGGUGGAAAGCGAGGCAGGCGGGAGCGUCUUUGACGAGGACAAGGAGCAGGAGACUGCGCGACGAUUCGCUGGCGACCUCUUCGCAGGCGACGACAGCGACGAGGAGGGCGACGAAGCGUCAGGCUCGAACACGAAGCUCUCCGCGCAUGAGCGACGCCUCGCCACCCUUCAAGCAGAGAUUGCCCGCCUCGAGUCGGAGAAUGUAGCCGCAAAGGACUGGACGCUGGCGGGCGAGGCGUCGUCACGCGCUCGUCCCAAGGACUCUCUGCUCGAGCAAGACUUGGAGUUCGAACAGACGUCACGCCCCACGCCGACUAUCACAAUCGACAAGACGGAAGCUCUCGAAGAGUUGAUCAAGCGACGCAUCCUCGAGAAUCGCUUCGACGACGUCGUUGCUCGGCGCGUAUUCGCUCAGCCCGAGUACAAACCUGAGCAGGAGCUGAGCGACCGCAAGAGUGGGAAAUCGCUGGCCGAAGAGUACGAGGACGACCUACGUCGCAAGGCUGAGGGAGGGGAGGCGCCACGCAGCGAGUCGGAGCGCAAGCUUGAGUCGGAGCGAGCUCAGGUGGCGACGCUCAUGGACGAGCUCUUCGACAAGCUAGAUGCGCUCUCCAACGCACACUUUACUCCUCGCGCGCCCAAGGCAGCGAUCACGACGCUCUCGAGCUCGGCCCCCGCGAUCGCGAUGGAAGGCAGUGCGACGGCAUUGCCCACUACGGCUCACUUGGCUCCUCAGCUGGCCGCUCACGAGACGCUCGAGCGCGACGAGAGAGAUGCGGUUCUACGGGGCGAAAAGAGCGAGCUCACCCACGAGGAGAAGCAGGCAGCUUAUCGACGCAAGAAGCGUGAGGCCAAGGCGGGCAAGGCGGGCGAGGCUGAGCGCGGUGAAGCGAAGAGGAUGAAUGAUGAGGCUGGAAAGAAGGUCGCGCCUGCUUCGAGUGGCAGCGGUAGCAGCAAGAAGAGUGCGGAUCAACGCGAGAAGGACGAGGCGAUGAAGAAGUUGUUGGGCAUGCGGGGCGUAACGGUGGUGGGCAAGGGCGAGAAGAAGGCGGCUCGGGGGGGCAAAGCCAAAGAGACUGGCGGAGAGAAGAGGGCGGAGAGCUUCAAGCUGUGAUUGAGACGUGUGAAUUCACUCUAAUCCUGUCGUGC